AACUGAACAUCGGCAUCACCAAACGGCUGAAGAACACUGAAAUCCAGGAGGGAGAUGAUUGCAUUUUUGAGUGUAUUUUGUCUCAUGAAAGCAUUGAUGACUUCAACUGGAUGCUAAAUGGGAGCAAAGUGGAAAGUGGUGGGCGAUUUAAAGCCUCUAACAUGGGUCGGAAAUAUACGCUCAGUAUCAAAAGCGUGAUUCCUGACGAUUCUGGGGAAGUAAUUUUCACUGCCCGGGGUCUAACUUCCAAGGCUUCUCUGGUUGUGAAAGAAAAACCUACUGAGGUUACGAAACAGCUGGAGGAUAAAACAUCAGCAGCGGGGCAGGACAUCAGCCUGAGCUGCGAAUUGUCGAAACCUGACGUGAGCAUCAGGUGGUACAAGGAUGGCAAAGCAAUCCGAAAAAGCCAGAAAUAUGACUUGCACCAAGAGGGAACACGGGCCAUUCUGAUCAUCCAUGACUCCACGGUCAAGGACAGUGGGGAGUAUACCUGUGAGACAGAGGUCUCUAAAACGAAAGCCAGGAUCACAGUGCAAGAAAAACCUAAUUAUUUUGUCAAGGAACUUUCAGAUCUAAAAGUCGAUGAAAAUGGAACUGCAGUUUUUAUGUGCCAGAGUGAGAAAGCUGCACCCUCUGUGGUCUGGAGGAAAGGCAUAGCUGAACUCAGAGCUAGCAAGAAAUACGAGAUGACGCAGAAAGGACAAAUCCUGCAGCUGACUAUAAAUAACUUGGAGAAAAGUGACAGUGACACUUACACCUGCGACAUCGGUGAUGCCCAGUCCAGAGCCAAGCUCGUUGUGCAAGGCCAGAAAGUGCUAAUAACAGAAGACCUGGAAGAUGUCACUGUGGUAGAAGGAGAAUCUGCCAUGUUCAAAUGCAGAAUCUCUCCUGUAGACUAUAGCAAAGUGCAGUGGUUUUUGGAUAAAACCCCACUCCAUACCAAUGAACUUAAUGAGAUCCAGUCUCAUCCUGGUGGAUAUCACUUGCUAACGUUGAAAAAACUCUCACUGAAGGACUCGGGGGUCAUUACAUUUGAAGCUGGUGAUAAGAAAACUUCUGCCAGUUUGGUUGUUAAAGAGAAGCCCUGCAUCUUCACAAAGGAGCUGGUUGAUACUGAAGUCACUGAGGGAGAGGAUGUGAUCCUUCACUGUGAAACCUCCAAAUCAGACAGCCCUGUAAAGUGGUGCAAAGACGGGAAGAGCCUUAGGAAUUCUUCCAAGUAUAACAUCAGCCGGUCGGGAUUUGAAGCCAAGCUUGUCAUUCACAGGGCAGAAGAAGGAGACAGUGGCAGAUAUGAGUGUGAGGCUGGAGCAGCUAAAAGUAGUGCGGUUAUUACUGUCAAGGCUGUGCCUGUCCUUUUUAAACAAGCCCUGGAGAACACAGAAAUGGAAGAGGGGAAAUCUGUCUCCUUGCGCUGCGAACUCACAAAAGCUGAUGCCACCGUGGUGUGGAAGAAGGGAGAAGCCACGCUCCAGGCAAGUGCCAAAUAUGAAAUGAAGCAGAAGGGGACAGUGGCAGAGCUGGUGAUUCAUAAUGCAGAGCCAGAAGAUGCGGGAAGAUACACCUGUGACACUGGAGACCAGCAGACCACGGCCCAAGUCAAAGUCCAUGCCAUCUCUGCGCUCAUCGAAGAAGAGCUGAAGAGCGUGGAAGCGGUGGAAGGAGGGACGGCCACCCUGCGAUGCCAGCUGAGCAGAGAGGCCCCCGUGGAGUGGAGGAAGGGGCACGCUCUCCUCCGGCCGAGUAACAAGUACCGGAUGAGGCAGGAGGGCAGGGUGGCUGAGCUGCUGAUCCACGAUCUGGACCCAAAAGAUGCUGGAGACUAUACAUGUGUAGUGGGGAACCAAAAAACCACAGCAGCCUUAUCAGUGAAUGCCCUGCCAAUCCGUUUCAAAAAAGAGCUGAAGAACGAGGAAGCCACCGAGAGCGGGACGGCCACGCUGCAGUGCGAGCUGAGCCGGGCAGCGGGCUCGGUCGAGUGGAGGAAGGACGGGAAGGUGCUGAUGCCAAAUGACAAAUACAAAAUGAGACGGGAAGGGCGUUUUGCUGAGCUGAUAAUCCAAGACCUAGACUUGACGGAUGCUGGGAGCUAUACCUGCGUGUGUGGAGACCAGAAGACAACAGCUGCUUUGAGAGUGAAUGCCUUGCCUGUCCUCUUCCAAGAAGAAAUGUUGAACAAGGAAGCUACAGAGGGGGAGGCAGUCACGUUGCACUGUAAACUCAGCAAAUCGGCCCUGGUCGAGUGGAGAAAGGGGCAUAUGGUCCUCAGACCGAGUGAAAAAUACAAAAUAGAGCAGGAAGGUCCCUUCGCGGAGCUGAUGAUCCAGGAUUUGGAUUUGGCAGACGCUGGUGAUUACAGCUGUGUGUGUGGAGACCAACAGACUACGGCUACUUUGACAGUAAAUGUCCUGCCUGCUCUUUUCACCAAAGAACUGACAGAUGAAGAAGCCACAGAAGGUAAAAGUGUCUCCCUGCACUGUGAGCUGAACAAGGCUGCUGCUAAUGUGGAGUGGAAGAAGGGAUUCAAGACCCUCAAAUCAAGUGACAAGUAUAAAAUGAAGCGAGAAGGUGUCAUUGCUGAGCUUAUAAUCCAAAAUCUAGACACGACGGAUGCUGGAAAUUAUUCCUCUUUGCCUGCAUUUUUCAAAGAAGGAUUGAAGAACAGAGAGGCCACAGAUGGUGCAACAGCCACUCUGCACUGUGAGCUGAGCAAGGUCGGUGUCCCGGUGGAGUGGAGAAAAGGGGACAAGACACUCAAACCAAGUGAUAAGUAUAGGAUGAGACAAGAAGAUACCGCUGCAGAGCUGCUGAUCCGAGAUCUGGAGGUAGACGAUACAGGAGAAUAUACCUGCGUGUGUGGAGACCAGAAGACCUCAGCUGUCUUGACAGUCCAUGCCUUGCCUCCACGCUUCACGAAAGAGAUGAGGAAUGAAGAAGCCACAGAAGGUGGAACAGCCACGCUACAAUGUGAGCUAUCUAGGGCUGCUUCUGUGGAGUGGAAAAAGAAACACAAAGUGCUCAAAUCGAGUGAAAAAUAUACUAUGAGACAGGAAGGUACUGCAGCACAACUACUGAUCCAUGCUUUAGAAGUCAAGGAUGCUGGGGAGUAUACCUGUGUGUGUGGAGAUGAGAAGACUACUGCAGCACUGACAGUGCAUGCCCUUCCUGCUCUCUUCAAAGAAGAGUUAAGAAGUGAGGAAGCCGUGGAGGGUGAAGUAGUCACUCUGCGCUGUGAGCUGACCAAAGCUGCUUCAGUGGAGUGGAAGAAAGGACACACAGUACUCAAACCUAGUGAGAAAUACAAAAUGAGGCAGAAGGAUGUCACCGCAGAACUGGUGAUCCAUAAUCUAAAUGAGAGCGAUGCUGGUGAUUAUACCUGCGUGUGUGGGGAUAAGCAGUCCACAGCUUCCUUAGCAGUACACGCGCUGCCUGCACGCUUCAAGGAAAGCCUGAAGGACGAGGAGGCAACAGAAGGUGAAGCGGCCACUCUGCGCUGUGAGCUGACCCAGGUUGCUCAAGUAGAGUGGAGAAAGGGAAGCAGUUUGCUCAAAGUCAGCGACAAAUACAAAAUGAGACAGGAGGGCACGGUCAUGAAACUGCUUAUCCGUGACGUAGAAUUGAAAGAUGCUGGAGAAUACACUUGUGUGUGUGGAGAACAGGAGACAACAGCUGCCUUGAUAGUGCAUGCCCUGCCUGCACUUUUCAAAGAAGAACUGAAGGACCUGCAGGCCAUGGAAAGCCAAACAGCCACUCUGCGCUGCGAGCUGACCAAGGCUGCAGCUGUCUCAUGGAAGAAAGGAAACAAAAUACUCAGGGCAAGUGAAAAAUAUAUCAUGCGGCAGGAUAAUGCCCUCGCUGAGCUGGAAAUCUGUGAUCUAGAGCUGCAGGAUGCGGGAAAUUACACCUGUGUGUGUGGAGACCAACACACCAUGGCUUCUCUGACAGUGAAUGCCCUGCCAGUGCUUUUCAAGGAAGAACUGAAGAAUGAAGAAGUCCUAGAAGGAGCAUCAGUCUCUCUGCGUUGUGAAUUAACAAAAGCAGCUCCAGUGCAGUGGAAAAUAGGGUCCAAAGUGCUCAAAGCAAGUGACAAAUAUCACAUGAGACAGCCUGGCACUGCUGCAGAGCUGGUCAUUCAUGACCUAGAAGUAAAAGAUGCUGGAGAUUACACGUGUGUUUGUGGUGACCAGAAGACAACAGCAACCUUGACAGUUCAUGCUCUGCCACCGCUCUUUAAGGAAGAGCUAAAGAGCAAGGAAGCAGAAGAAGGUGAAGAAGUCGCCCUGUGCUGUGAGCUCACCAAGGCUGCUCCGGUGGAGUGGUGGAAGGACCAGAGGAUUCUCAAAGCAAGUGAGAAAUACAAAAUGAAUCAGGAAGGGACCAAGGCAGAGCUGGUGAUUCAUGAAAUAGCUGAGGAGGAUGCAGGAGGCUACACCUGUGUGUGCGGAGAGCACCAGACUACAGCUGUCCUAACAGUACAGGCUGUGCCCCCAUUUUUCCAAGAAGAAAUGACCAGCAAGGAAGCAACAGAAGGUGGAACGGCCACUUUGCACUGUGAGCUCAGCAAGGCAUCUGCCCAUGUUCAGUGGAAGAAGGGCCAUCAUGUCCUCACCUCGGACAACAAGUACAGCAUGAGACAGGAAGGCUCUGUUGUGGAGCUGGUAGUUCACGAUUUAGACUUGAAUGAUACUGGAGAUUAUACCUGUGUGUGCGGAGACAAGACCACCACAGCUGCCCUAACAGUGCAUGCACUACCUCCAGAAUUCAAAAAAGACCUGAAGGACCUAGAAGCUAUAGAAAGUGGGACAGCUGCCCUGCACUGUGAGCUGACUAAACCUGCUGCGGUGGAGUGGAAGAAAGGGCAGGAGGUGCUCAAAGCAAGCAGCAAAUAUAAAAUGAGUCAAGACGGUGCUGUUGCAAAGCUGAUUAUCCAUGAAUUGGAUGUGGAGGACACUGGAGAUUACACCUGUGUGUGUGGAGAUCAGCAGACAACUGCCACUUUGACAGUUAAUGCCCUACCAGCACUUUUUAAACAAGAGCUUCAGAAUACGGAGGCAGAAGAAGGUGGUAUGGCAACAUUGAGGUGUGAGCUUACCAAACCCAAGGCUCCAGUAGAGUGGAGGAAAGGAGAUACUACUCUGUACCCUGGUUUGAAAUAUGAGAUGAAGAAGCAGGGCUCCACUGCUGAAUUGCUCAUUUAUGACUUAGAACUGGAUGAUUCAGGAAAGUACACCUGUGACUCUGGACAUCAGCAGACAACGGCUGUGGUAACCGUACAUGCACUGCCUGUCACAUUUAAGCAACCCCUUCAAAAUAAGGAAUCAGAGGAAGGAAGCACAGCUACAUUCUGCUGUGAGCUGUCAAAACCCAAUGCUGCAGUGGAAUGGAGGAAAGGAGGAGUGGUGCUGCAGCCCAGCCAGAAGUAUGAAAUGAGGCAGAGGGAAAGCCGGGUAGAGCUCUUAAUACAUAAUCUCAAAUUAGAAGAUACAGGAGAAUACAGCUGUGAUACUGGGGAUCAGGAAACCAAGGCGUCUUUAAACGUGAAAGCUCUGCCAGUUCUUUUCAAAAAGGAGCUCAAGGACAAAGAGGCAGAAGAAGGAGCUGCAGUGAAAUUCCAGUGUGAGCUGACAAAGGAUAAUGCCACAGUGGAGUGGAGGAAAGGCACAAUGGAGCUCUUCCCAUGUGCCAAAUAUGAAAUUAAAUUAAGUGGUCGCACAGCUGAACUCGUGAUUCAUAAUGUAGAACCAGAAGAUGCCUCUGAUUACACAUGUGAUACAGGAGACCAGCAGAGCACAGCCGUCCUCAGAGUGAAUGUCAUCAAACCCCGGCUGAAGCAGCAGCUGAAGAAUGAAGAAGUGGAAGCGGGAGGAACGGCCAGACUGCGCUGUGAGAUUUCCAUUAGCAAAGCAGAAGUGGAAUGGAGGAAAGACGGAGUUGUCCUUCACUCAAGUUCGAAGUACGAAAUGUGGCAGGACGGCACCCUCCGUGAGCUGCGCGUCCAUCGCUUGGAGCCCAGCGAUGCUGGAGAGUAUUCCUGCCAGGCUGGAGACGAAACGAGCUCUGCAAAACUCACCGUGAAAGAGCCUGAUGUGACCAUCGUGAGCGGCCUAAAGGACGUGGUGGUGUUUGAAGGGGACGAUGUCACGUUUCGGUGCCAGGUUUCUCAUGAGAACGCAAGGGAUGUUGAAUGGAAGCUACAGGACGUUGCUCUGCAAAAUAAUGAAAUGAAUGAGAUCUCGGUGGAAAAAGGAAAGAUUCACACCCUGACAUUAAGGAAGGUGACUGAGCAGGACAUUGGCACUAUCACUUUCCGAGUGGGACCCCACACGUCGUCAGCAGAGCUCACAGUAAAAGAACCAGCAGUGACCAUAGUGGAGACACUGAAGGACGUCACUUUGUAUGAAGGAGAAGACGCAGUGUUUGAAUGCAGGCUGUCCCGCGAGACAACACAGGAUGCCCAGUGGUUCCUGGGGGAUGUUCCCCUGCAAUCCAAUGAAAUGAAUGAGAUCAGAGUCCAAGGGACGUGUCAUACUUUGGUCCUGAGGAAGGUGACAUUAGAAGACUGUGGGCCCAUCAGUUUCAAAAUUGGGCAACAUACCUCAGCAGCACAGCUAACAGUCCAAGCCAAGAACAGCAUUGUCCAGGGCUUGGAGAAUGUGGAAGCGGUGGAAGGAGGAGAAGCCCUGUUUGAAUGCUAUCUUUCCAAGCCGGAGUGCUACGAUUACAACUGGCUGAUUGACGAUGAACCUGCCAAAACUACAGAGAACACUGAGAUGGUUUACUUUGAAAAUGGACGCAGGCAUCUUCUGCUGCUGAAGAACCUAACUCCCCAGGACAGUUGCAGGGUGACUUUUAUGUGCAGUGAUGCAGUGACCUCAGCCUUCCUGACGGUGAAAGGAUGGCGCCUACAGAUUUUGCAGCCUCUCACAGAUGUGGAAGUGUCUUUGGGGGAGCAAGCUACAUUUAGCUGCGUUCUAAGUGAGGCUGUGCCAAUUACUGAAGUUGCCUGGUAUAAUAAUGACAUAGAAAUCCAGUCAGAUGAGGACUGGGAGGUACAAGCAGAUGGAAACAAAUACAAACUUAUUCUGAAAAAAGCCCAACCUCAUCAUUCUGGAGAGGUGACCUUUGCUUCCAGGGAAGCAAUUUCAUCAGCCAAAUUAUCUGUGAUAGCCCACCCUGAUCCACCUGAAGAACCAGAAGUUUUAAGUAAGAGCAGUCACUCUGUAACUCUGUCUUGGUACAAGCCGUUGAGUGAUGGUGGUUGUGACAUCCUAGGCUAUAAUGUGGAGAGGAAAAUCCCGGGUAUUGGCUGGCAGUCGUGCAGCAAGGGCAUUAUUCAAAACACAGAGUUUAUGGUGGACAAUCUCACCCUGGGUGAACCCUACAGAUUCCGCGUCUCGGCUAUAAACAAAGUUGGGGCCAGCGAGCCGGUGCACUUCCCUCAGAUGGUGCGGCUAGAGCCUCCAGUUACAGUCACUCAUCCUUUGGUGGGAGGAUCAGUCUCAGAAGGGGAGGUGGCUCGCUUGGAGUGCAAAUUAUCAAGUGAAACUGAAAAGAGAGUAACAUGGUUCAAGGGUAAAGAACAAAUACAAGCUGGAGGGAGAUACGAGAUCCUCUCUGAUGGAAAAAAGCAGACACUCCUUAUUCAUGCAUUUAAACCUGAAGAUCAGGACACAUAUACCUGCAUGGUUUCUCCAGAAGUCAAAUCUGUUGCCAGCUUGUGUCUUGAAGUUCCGACAGUGGCAAUGCUAAAAGAGAUCGCCAGGGAAGCACCUCCUGCAAGCCAACCAGAGGAGCGGGUGGAUGGCCACAUCCAGCCCAGCCUGCCUCCUGAGGCUGCUCAGGAGGGAGACCUUCACCUCCUGUGGGAAGCCCUGGCCAAGAAACGCCGGAUGAGCCGGGAGCCCACCUUGGAUUCCAUCAGCGAGGUGCCUGAAGAGGACGAGAAGCUCCAGAAGUUGAGGAAGGAGGAAGCGGAGAUGUCUCACUACUACUCAGAGGAGUACUCCACGUGCGACGAGCUGGCUAGGACCGGAGAAGCAGAUUUCUCUUUCACAAGCUCAGAUGAUGAGUCUAGAGCUGGGACUCCUUCACUGGUGAACUACCUCAAGAAAGCUGGGAAGGCAAGUGUCAGUGUCACUAGCAAGGUUCAGUCCAUCUCCACAGGAAAAUUAUGGAAACAGUGGGAGAAAUCCAGUGUGGAGACCGUUGUGGCUGCCCCAGCUGCUAAGCCAGCUGAACCAGAAAUACCAGAUUUAGAUGAUCCUUCCAUGAACAAGGCCGCUGUGAAGAUCCAGGCUGCUUUCAAAGGCUACAAAGUCAGGAAAGAGAUCAAGCAACAAGAGUGCCCAGUGUUUACCGAGACCUUCAAAGAUUUCUCUGGUGAGCCUGGAAGUACUCUCCACCUUGAGUGUAUGGCACACAGCAAAACUGACAUGAAAGUCUGUUGGCUGAAAGAUGGGGAAGAGCUUUCAGAUGGUCGCUACUAUCACAUAGACAAUUACAGCGAUGGGACUUGCUCUUUGAUUAUCACUGGCUUGGACAGGAAGGAUGCAGGUAAAUACACCUGUGAGGCAUCCAAUAAAUUUGGCAAGGUUUCACACAGUGCUAAGGUGGUUAUUGGCACUCAGGAACCUCAAGUUCUUCGUAAGGAGAAGCAUGUUAAACAAAGCACUGACAGUGAGACAGAGAGCUCAUCUGGCAGUGAGCUGGAUGAUGCUUUCCGUAAAGCAGGAAGGAGACUUCAUAGACUCUUCCGGGCCAAGAUCUCAACAGAGAUAUCUGAUGUGGAGGAAGAGCUCUUUGUCAGUGCAGAUGAAGGGGACAUAGAAGUGGUCGACCAUCAGACGUAUCGUGAGGAUGACCAGUAUAUCUACAUCAAGUUUGAAAUCCUGUCUGAGGCAAAAACUGCCGCCACUCGAUUCAGAGAGAUGUUUGGUGCUUUAGGAAUUCCUGUGGAGAUCGACAUUUUGGAACAAGGCCCUAAAAAAAUUGAAUUGCGUAUUGGGAAAGCAACACCACCCACCCAUGGAAAGUUUGCACCGCCAGUAGUGAGACCUCCACCACCUUUGCUGACUUCUGAUACAGCUCCCAUGUUCAUGACUGAGCUCCAGAACCAAGAGGUACAAGAUGGAUAUCCAGUCAGCUUUGACUGCAUUGUUGUUGGCAAACCGCUCCCCACAGUUCGCUGGUUCAAGGAUGGGAAAGCUAUUGAAGAAAAUGAUCAUUACAUGAUCAAUGAGGACCAGGAAGGGUGCCAUCAGCUGAUCAUCACAGCUGUGGUCCCCACCGACAUGGGUGUUUACCGUUGCCUUGCUGAAAACAACAUGGGAGUUGCUUCAACCAAGGCUGAGCUUCGAGUGGACUUGACCAGCACUGACUAUGAGACAGCAGCAGAUGCAACAGAGACAUCUUCUUACUACAGUGCCAAAGAAUAUGUUUCAAGCCGAGAACAGGAGGAAUCUACCACUGAGGAGGAGCAAUUGCCCCAGAUCUUCGAUGAGCUUCAUGAUAUUCACGUGGCACCGGGAGCAUCACUGGCUAAAUUUCACCUGAAGGUGAAAGGGUACCCACAGCCUCGCCUCUAUUGGUUCAAAAAUGGACAGCCAUUAAAGGCCUCCGACCGCAUCCUCAAGACUGAUAAACAGGAAUUCCACUCGCUGGAAAUUCGCGACGUCACUAAGGCAGAUGCUGGCCAGUACUCAAUAUUUAUCAUCAACUCUGCGGGCUCUGCAUAUUCAUCAGCCAGGCUGGUAGUCAAAGAUCCUGAUGAGAAAGAAGAGCCAUCAGAAAGAGAUUCGCAGGAGCAGCUGAUACCACCAAGGUUCCUAGAAAGAUUUACUAAUAAAAAGGUGAAAAAAGGUGCAAGCAUCACAUUAUCUGUAAAAGUUGAAGGACACCCACCACCAACUAUUACUUGGCUGAAAGAAGAGUCUCGGGAAGACAUCCUGUGGAUCAAACCAGACACUCCGGGGUAUAAACUUGCCAGUUCAAAUAUGCAUCACAGUCUAAUUCUGUUGGAUGUUAAAAAGAAGUACAGUGGAGCUUAUACAUGCAUUGCUACCAACAAGGCUGGCCAGUCCAUCUGCACCGCCACCCUGGAAGUUGCAGAUGUUUUAAAAACAGGGGAAGUGAAGAAAAUUAGACCUUACUUCCACAGCAGCUUUUGUUACUCAAAAAAGUUGACUUUCCAAUGACGUUUCCUGCUUAAUAGAAAAUUGUCUCUUUUUCCAGGAGACCUUGAAGCUGGUAGAGAAGGUGUACCCAAAAGCCCUAUUUCAUUAGCUGAUGUUGGCUCAGAGGAGUUCUUCCAGAAACUCACCUCGCGUAUCUCAGAAAUGGUAUCUGCAAAAAUAAGUCAGGCUACACUUCGAGUGCCAGGUGCAGAAAGUGAUGAUGAAUCAAAAACUCCCUCUGCAUCUCCUCGCCAUGGGCGAUCCAGACCUUCAUCCAUUGCUCAGGAGUCCUCCUCUGAAUCUGAAGAUGGGGAUUCGAGAGGAGAGAUCUUUGACGUCUACAUGGUCACAGCUGACUACGUGCCCACUGCGCCUGACAGAGAGACCAUCACUUUGAAGGAAGGCCAGUAUGUGGAAGUCCUUGAUUCAGCUCAUCCUCUGAAAUGGCUGGUCAGGACUAAACCCACAAAAUCUAGCCCCUCUCGACAGGGUUGGGUAUCCCCAGCUUAUCUGGACAAGAAAUUAAAGUUGUCACCAGAGUGGGGAACAACAGAAACUCCCGAGUUCCCCGGAGAGUUUGUUACUGAAGACGAAUAUAAAAGGAAGCUAAGUGUUCUUAUUCAAGAGCUGUUGAUCUCAGAAGAAGAUUAUAUUCAAGAUCUACAGUUCCUCCAGACUCAUCACCUGAGGUACACUGAGGCCUGUCCCAGUGUCCCAGGAGCUGUCGCCAGUCAGAAAUCCACCAUCUUCAGAAAUAUCGAUGACAUUGCUCGCUUCCAUUCCAGUAUCUUCCUCCGAAGCUUGCAGAAAUGUGACACUGACGAUGACGUGGCCAUGUGCUUUAUCAAGCACAAAACAGAGUUUAAUAAGUACAUCCAGUACCUGGUGGGGAGAGUACAGGCUGAGUCGAUUGUUGUCAGCAAAGCUGUCCAGGAUUUCUACAAGAGAUACACGGAUGAAAUUUUAACUAAUGAAGAUCCUUCACAGCCACUUAUCCCACCACUGCAGCACUACCUGGAAAAACCUAUAAACAGGAUCCAGCAGUACCAGACUAUAAUCAAGGAAUUAAUCCGAAACAAAGCAAGAAAUAGCCAGAACUGCACUUUGCUGGAGCAGGCUUAUGCCAUUGUGUCUGCACUCACCCGAAGAGCAGAAAACAACCUCCAUGUCUCACUCAUUGAGAAUUACCCAGGGACCUUGGAAAGCCUUGGUGAACCCAUCCGACAGGGCAACUUCAUUGUGUGGGAAGGAGCUCCAGGAGCUAGAAUGGCAUGGAAAGGACACAAAAGGCAUGUCUUCCUCUUCAAAAAUUAUAUUGUGAUCUGCAAGCCGAAGCGAGACACAAAGACAGACACCUACAGUUACAUCUUCAAGAACAUCAUGAAGCUGAACAACAUAGAUGUGAACGACCUUGUGGAAGGGGAUGACCGGGCGUUUGAGAUCUGGCACGAACGGGAAGACUUGGUCCGCAAGUACCUUCUUCAGGCACGUACAGUGAAUAUCAAGAACUCCUGGGUGAAGGAGAUCUGUGGCAUACAGCAGCGGAUCAGCGAGCCUGUCUGGACACCUCCAGACUUUGAGGAAGAACUGGCGGACUGUACAGCUGAGCUGGGAGAGACAGUCAAGCUGGCUUGCAAAGUUACGGGAGCUCCCAAGCCAUCUGUCAGCUGGUACAAAGAUGGAAAGCCUGUGGAGGUGGAUCCCCAUCACAUUAUAAUAGAAGAUCCUGAUGGUUCCUGCACAUUGAUCUUGGACAACCUAACAGGUGUUGACUCAGGACAGUACAUGUGCUUUGCUUCCAGUCCUGCUGGGAAUGCCAGUACCUUAGGAAAGAUCCUUGUUCAAGUGCCACCACGGUUUGUGAACAAGGUUCGAAAUGCCUAUUUCGUUGAGGGUGAAGAUGCUCAGUUUACCUGCACUAUUGAAGGAGCACCUAGGCCUCAAAUCAGGUGGUACAAAGAUGGUGUACUGUUGAAGGAUUCAAGUAAAUACCAGACUUUCAGUGAACCACGGAGUGGCAUAAUAAUCCUGGUGGUCAAGAACCCUUCCAAUGAAGAUAUGGGACACUAUGAAUGUGAGCUGGUGAACAGAUUAGGGUCUGCAAAAAGCGGAGCAGAACUUUACCAUCACAGUGCUGCAGCCCUGACCCAGGAGAGGAGAGGAGACCAAGCCAUUACCAUAGAAGAACCAGAGGACAGGCAUGGAGCAGUAGCUAGAGAUGUCGUCAUAGAGCCCAAGGUGGAAGAGAAAAAGCCCAAAUGGGUCGAAGUGGAAGAAGUAAUUGAAUUCAAAGUAAAAAAAUCACCAAAACCUGCAAGGAAAAGAGGCUCUUCUCCAGCAAAACAAGAAAAAGAUGACUCGGGGGUGUUAACAUUCACUUUUCCCAGCUCAGGGCCUAGGCGUUCCCCGGAAGAUGAUCCAAACACAAACAACUCCAACAAUAAAUUAGUGGAACAGUCAAAAUCUUUGCCUAAUGACAAUCUCUCUGAAGCUGAUAUCCAGCCCCUCGUGUAUGCAGCUGAGCAGGAAGAACCUCAAGUCAGCAACGAAGACAGAAGCUCCCCUUGUGGGUCUGAACUAGGAAAUAAUUCAUUUAUGGAUUAUGGAGCUGAAGGAAAGGUCUUCCCACAGGAAACAAGUGCUCACUAUGAGUCAGAGGUCGCUUCCCCACUGGUUGCCUGCGGGGGUGAACCUUUGGUCUUCAGUUUUGAGACAGCUGCUGCAGACCAGCACGAACUUCUGUUCUCACCAGCGAGUCCAGAAGUUACAGAAGAGGUAGACGAAUUAGACGUAUCUUGGCCUCUUGAAGAGGAGAGACCUGAAGUAACACAAGAUGUCCUUCCAGAAGAAGACAAUAUCAUUAUAGUUGAUGAACCAGAGGAACUACAGACAGAUGACCUUAGCACCCGGGACCGCAAAAUCUUAACCCACAAUGGCAAAGUAUUAACUUUGGAGGACCUUGAAGAUUAUGUUCCUGAAGAAGGUGAGACCUAUGGGUGUCAUGAUCAGAACCAUACGGCAGAGAAACCCUGUGAGAUCUCCGUGCUCCAGACAGAGAUUAAUGAGCCAACGAUUGGGAAACCAGUGCUGCUGAAUCUGGUGAGACCUGUGGUGUCCAAGCCCAGGCAAACAUUUUUCAGCCAGUUUGAGGAGCACGUUCCUGGGGGCAUGUUCAUGUCAACAUCUAGAAUAACCGGAAUGAGUUCCCCACAGUCAGAGAUGGAGACUUCUGUCCAGGCUUCACUUCAGCGUGCUGAUAAGGAGAUCAAGACAGCUCUAAAGAAACUUGUGGACUCGGCGUCACUGCUGGUGACUCUUCCCCCAGGCAUGCGAGAAGGAGCUGGUGACCUUAGCCUUCCUGGGUCCAUUCCUUCAGACCGCUCAGAAACAGCAUCUGGGCUCUCUGUGCUAGUUCAUGAAGCCAGUACCCAAACCCGGACUGCUGGAGGGCAUGAUGAAAAAGGAGAUGAUGUACUUUACCCUCUGGGGCAACUCCAGUGGUUGAUAUCAAAAGACAAUCAGGUACUUUUGGAAUGGACUAUUAAAGCAGUUUUUGAAGAUAUAUCUGACAAAGCACAAAGGCAGAUUCCAGCUGAAGAACCAAGUGUGCCAAAGCCCAGCCCUGGUCCUUCCCACGAAGAGACAGCUGUUGGAGAUGAAAGCACUCAGGAACGUACUGUUCCUAUUACCAGAACAUCACCAGCCACAGGGGCAGGAGACUGGUACAGAAGAGAAGGAGAUGUGGUCUGGGAUGUACAGAGUGAAGUUUAUAUUGAGACCACGGAAAGAACUUGUGUGUAUAAGACUGAGGAGAAGACCCCAACAAGUCCUCCCUAUAUGCAAGUGACAAUAGAGGAUGUGCAGGUGAAUUCUGGGGACCGUGCCAAAUUUCAGGCAGUCAUUGAAGGAACCCCUCAGCCUACUGUUUUGUGGUUUAAGGGUACUUCAUUGCUGACAGACAGCAACAGGCUCCAUCAAGGGAAGGAAGGAACAACGUAUUUCCUAGUCGUGGACAAUGCUGUCUCGGAGGAUGGUGGUGUUUAUACCUGUGUUGCCAAAAAUGCAGGAGGAGAGGUUUUGUGCAAAGCAGAGCUUAUCGUCCAUGAGGGUAAUAAAGACCAAGUAGCAAAGAAAGUGGCCACCAGGAGAAAGCUCCAUUCCCUUUACGAGGUUAAGCAGGAGAUUGGAAGGGGCUGCUUCAGCUUUGUGAAACGAGUUGUACACAAAGGGAACAGAGUGUCUUGUGCUGCCAAAUUCAUACCUCUACGAAGCAAAACAAAGGCUCGAGCGCAUCAGGAGAGAGAGAUUCUUGCCUCUCUGUCCCAUGACAGAAUUACCAGGCUCCUGGAUCAGUUUGAAACGCGGAAAACACUCAUUUUGAUUCUGGAGCUAUGCUCCAGCGAAGAGCUCCUUGACCGUUUAUUCAAGAAGAGUGUCGUCACUGAAGCAGAGGUCAAAUUGUAUAUCAAGCAAAUUUUGGAAGGAAUCAAAUAUCUUCAUGACAACAACGUCCUUCAUUUGGACAUUAAGCCACUGAAUAUCCUCAUGGUUUAUCCUGAAAGGGAAGACCUUAAGCUCUGUGACUUCGGAUUCGCUCAGAAGAUCACACCCUUUGAGCCUCAGUUCAGCAAAUACGGGUCUCCGGAGUUCGUUGCCCCAGAAAUUGUUUCUCAGUCACCAGUGUCGAAAGCAACCGAUAUCUGGGCUGUUGGAGUCAUCACGUAUUUAAGCCUAACGUGCAAGUCUCCAUUUGCCGGGGAGAAUGACAGAGGAACCCUUCUAAAUAUCCAGAACGGGGAAAUUUCAUGGACCAUUCCUGAUUUUGUUCACUUGAGUGAAGAUGCAAAGGACUUCAUCAAAGGGAUCCUACAGCAGCACCCCACAGCCAGGCCUAGUGCUUUAGACUGCCUUUCCCACAAGUGGUUCAUGCAUAAUCUCCCCCUUGAAGCGACUCAUUUCAUUAAUACCAAGCAGCUCAAAUUCAUUGUGGCUCGGAGCAAGUGGCAGCGGUCUUUGAUGUGCUAUAAAUCCAUACUGGUUAUGCGGUCUAUCCCAGAAAUCCUAGAAAGGACUCAUGACAACACCUCCCUGGCCAUCUCCCGACAUCUUAUUGAAGAAAGCACUUCGUCCAGUACCAGCGGCUCCUCUUCAGACAAUGAGAACUCACAUUUCCCCAAGAAGGGUCAUUUUGGCUCUACACCUGAACUGCACUUGUCCAUAUUUGAUGCACCAAGCCAUCAGGAGCCUCCAAAACAUGCAAGCGAAGAGAAGCACUCCAAAAUCUCAGUCCCUCCAGUAAAACCUAUGAGGAGGAAGUAUGCUUCAGUGAAAGCUGAGGUGGGGGACAAAUCACCUACAGAAAGCAAAGAGCUCAUGGCAAGUGCCUUUGCCUUAGAGGAAAAAGAGGAGGGGCCCCAUCCCAGACUUCAAGAUGAAAGAGCAGAGCAGUCCCAAAAAAGAGGUGCUGCUGAGCCUUCAUCAGUGAAGACUUCCACAGAAAGCAUGUCGCAUCUAUGUCAGAAGGAAAAAACAGACAUAUUUUUAUCUGAUAAGGACAGAACUGAAAAGGCUGGGGAUGGGACAGAAAAGGCACCUGUCUGUGUUCCAAGACAGAGUGUUAUUAAAAGCACUUUCUACAGCCAAGCAGCUGAGCUACCUGCAAGGGGGCCUUCCUCACCAGGUAGGGACUUCAGAAGGCACCUGGACAGAGCCAGAAGGACUUUCCGUAAAGCUGGCUACUCGAAGGUGCCCCUUAGUGGUCUCCGUGAACCCCUUCUUGAGCAGUUCGAACUGGAAGAAGAAGAAGGAAAGUCUGAUGAUGGAGAUGAUCACAGGGAAAGUCUGCUUGGUUCCUUGACCAAAUCAGCUUCGUUUGACACUGCAAGGAAACCACCACAUCCUGCCAUUGCUGGUGCUAGCCGAAGCCGUUCCCUGGAUGACUACAGGCUGAGAGCCUCAAGAUCAGUGAGGGAACAAGACAUUUUGGAAGAAGACUGUGAUAUAUUGUCGCAGGAAAGUUGCCCUGAAGGCAGUGACCACUGUGAGAUUCCUGCAGGGCCUGGCAAGGGAUGUUCUGUAGACACUUCAAAGCAAGAGGACUUCAGGAGAGCCAGCAAGGUCCGUUCAGAAGAGCAGCCUCCUACUUCUACACAAUGUGAGGGUAACGGAUGCCCAGCUGUUUUUGUGCAACAGCUAGAGAGACUUCCAGUGUCACCUCAUAGGAGUGAGAAUAGGAAACAUUUACUGAAGAAGUCAAAAGCUACUUACAUUGAGGAGGAAUUUGAAGAUUUGGAAGGCAAAAGCCCCAUUCUAACUACUCAGUGCUCAGAUGUAACUGCAUCAUCAGCUCAAAAACAUGACAGCAUGGAAGGCAAAUCUUCCCCUGGGAGUGCCUCUGACACUGCUUUUCAGGAGGGCAAACAGUCCACUUCAACUCUCGCACAGUCAGAGACCACCUCCAAGUCAGCUCCUACAAGUAAGGGAGGCAUGUAUCUGCCCCAGGAGUCUGCUCACAGUACCGACAUCCAUCCAGAUCUAAAAGGUGGAAGCUUGCUUAUCAAAAGGACAGCCCCAGGUCCACCUUGGAACGACAAAAGGCAGAAACAUUCACAUGAGAAGACUUCAGCUCACAGUGUUGCCAAAUCUGAUCUCAUGGAGCAUGAAAGCUCUGCUAAUUUAACAGGCCCACAAGCAGAAACCGAUUCACUUCCAGUAUGUAAAGACAAAAGUCAGGAACUCCCUGGUCAAAGUGUUCCAGCAACUACUGUCUUGGUGGGCAAACUGCCGGGUACCCUGCCUGCUCUGCACACAGCUGAUGAAGGUGCUCAUCAGAAGCUGAAGACCUACAAAGAGGUGAGAUCUGCUGUCCUGGAGGAUGAAGGACCAGGUAUUACAGGAAUCGCUACCUUGCCAGCUCAUGAUGGAGAAUGCCAAACGCACAAGAGGGCUCCUGUUCACGUAGAUGCAGCACCAGCCAUCCUGAAGGGAGAGCAUCUUGUUCCAAAAGUCCCACCACCAAAAUCAGUGCUGACUUCGGUCUCUGAUGGAGCACGGCAGGCUGAAAGGGAACGGCCAGUUCAUAGCAAGGAGAGGCUCGGUGCUCUGAGGAGUGAAAGCUCAUCUGUCACAGAGGUUGUUCCCAGUUUGGCCCAUGAGGCUGAAAUCGAGGGAGCUGAUGCCCAGAAGGUUUGUGAAGGGAGUGGCACAGUGCCUACUGUUCUGGAGAGCAGACACCCGGUUAGAACCGUGUCCUCCCAAAAUACUGGCCUCCCUUCGGUCUGUGAGAGUGAAAAGCAAGAACAUCCAAAGGCAUCACUUCACAGUGAGGCGAGAUCUGUUGUGACAGCAAGUGGAAGCCGAGCAUCUGGACAGACUAUGCCUGCUCCUUUCCCCAAGGCUGGACAUCAGGUGUUUGAGCAGCACAGGGCUGCCUACCCCAGUGGCAGAGUUUCUGCUGAUCUGGAGGGUGGGCCUCCAGGUGUCUUUGCUUCACAACCAGAAGUUGCGCCAGCUUCAGUCUGUGAGCUAGAAUAUGAGCAACAUCCAGAGGAUUAUGGUGAGGGUAGAGGCGUUGCCUUAAAAAGUGGAAGCUGUGAUGCUGGAAAAACUGUCCCAUCAUCGCUCCACAGGGAUCAAAGUCAGGAGCUCUCACAACACAGGUCUUCUUUUUACAGUGAUGAGGAGUCUGCUGUGCUGGAGGGCUUAGUGGAUGAGAUGGUUUCCCUCUCUGAAGAGAUGAAUAUUUGGGCAGAGUCUGUUUCUGAUGAGGAGGAAUGCAGAAAGCACAUCUCUCCUCCCACAGAGGUGUUCUACAAAGGCCCAGGUAGCCAAGCACCCACAGAUGCCUCCUUCCCUUCUGUAAAAGGGGGUAAAAGAGAAGUCUCUGAGCUGGAUGACCUUGCAGAAACCUGUCUUGUGAGUGAGGAGUCAGUGGUACUGGAAGGGCAGGGAGCACAGACAUUUCCUCAUGAAUGUGAACAUCUGGAGGACUUAGCGUUUGAGACCCCUUCUUCUAGCCAAGUGAGUGUUUCCUCAACAGAUAGCUUGGACACUGGAAAAAGACUCAGUCAAGUGUCAGUGAGCAAGGACACUGGUAAACAUCCAGAAGUUUCUUUAGUGAAAAUCAAAGAUCUGUCGGACGAAACACCCAGUCUUGGCAGUGGAACUCCAAAACUUGACAUAUCAGAGGUAGAGCCUGCCUAUUUGAAUUUCUCUGACUUGUAUGACAUUGUCUAUUUUCCAUUUGAAUUUAUGAACUAUAGGAAGCCUCCACCUAAACCAACUGGUAGACGGUUUAUACCUUUUGGUGAAAGGGCAAGGUCACCUCCUGCAGGACAUUGGCAUAAGGAUAAAAGACUGUGCAUCAGAGAAGAGGCAGAGGACAAGAAGAGGAAGAACCAUUUGGAAAUAUCUGAGGAUUCAAAGGCAACUAAAUUAUUAGCCAUGGGGAAAGGGUCAGAGAGUCAUAAAGAAAUGUAUGGCCCCCAAAAGGACUCAAGUGGUAAGCAGAAAAGUUCCUUCCACAAGCCAGGACUCCUUAAGCCGUAUGCAAGGUCUCAUUCAGUGGAGCAAUCGGUGGAGCAGAGUCUGAAGAAGAAAGUAAAAGCUUCUGUUGCCCAUAUUUCAAGAAUCCUAAAAGGAAAGACAUCUCCUGAGCCAGAGGAAGAGUUUGGUGAGCUGGGAGGUGAGGCAGUAGAAAAAGAGCUGUUAACAGGGGCUGAAGGAUCUCUGAAGAGGAAAUCGGCACUCUCUUCAUUCAAGUUAUCAAGCCUCAUGCCAAAGGAGAAAGCACCUUCGUUCGUUGAGGAGCUCAUCGACCAGGCUGCCGCCGUGGGACAGUGCGUGACGCUGUCGUGCCGGACGGCGGCUCACUCCUCCCUGCACGUCGACUGGUUCAGAGAUGGGAUGCCUGUCCGCAGCAGCAGCCGGAUCCUCAUCUCAGCCACACUCAAAAACUUCCAGCUGUUAACUAUUCUCUCUGUUAGUGCCGACGAUUUUGGUAUUUACACCUGUGUGGCCACAAACUCCCUGGGCUCAGCAUCCACCUCUUGCAUCAUAAGAAAAGCAGAGGUUCCUCCCAGCCCUCCACCCCCUGACAUCGUGGAGGUCUACGAGGAUGGAGCGCAGGUGGUCUGGAAACCUGUGGAAACCAACAUCCCCAUCCAUUACACUGUCCAGUGCAAGAGCGAAGAUGGGGAGUGGACAACUCUUGCUUCUGACAUCGCUGACUGCGGCUACUAUGCCAAAAAUCUCGCCAAGGGGUUUAUCUACUGCUUCAGGAUAGCUUCAGGAAUGGGCCCUUACAGCGACCCAUCUGCCAAAGUCAAAAUCACUGGGAAGGAUCAAAUAGCUGCUGCUGAAGAAGAGAGUGAAAUAAUCACACCAUCGGAGCCUUUCCCAACCUACCAGACCUACGCCUUCCAAACAGAGAUCAAAAGGGGCCGUUUCAGCAUCGUCCGACAGUGCAGGGAAAAAGUAAGCGGCAAGACUUUAGCUGCUAAAAUUAUCCCUUACUGGCAAGAGGACAAGCAAACAGUGCUCCUGGAGUACCAAGUGCUGAGGAAGCUUCAUCACACAAACAUAGCUCAGCUGAAGGGAGCCUACGUCAGCCCACGGCACUUAGUGUUGAUCCAGGAGAUGUGUGUGGGACCAGAGCUACUCCACUCUUUGGCAUUACGGACAUCGUACUCAGAAGUGGAGGUCCGAGAUUACCUGUGGCAGAUCCUCAGUGCCAUCGAGUACCUCCAUGCACACAACAUCCUGCACUUGGAUCUCAGGUCUGAAAACAUGAUCAUCACUGAGCCCAACCUGCUGAAACUCCUGGAUUUUGGUAAUGCACAGUUCUACACACAAGACAAAGUUAUUACCAUGGACAAGUGCAUGGACUAUGUUGAAACCAUGGCUCCAGAACUGCUGACAGAGCAAGGAGCCGUCCCGCAGACCGAUAUCUGGUCCGUCGGAAUCACAGCCUUCAUCAUGUUGAGUGCCAACUACCCCAUCAGCUCCGACAUAGCCUGCGAGUUUCUGAGAACGACCAGGAAGGGUAAAGUGAAGCUCACGCAGUGCUACGCAGGUCUCUCCGGCGGAGCGGUGUCCUUUCUCCAGAGCACGCUGUGUGCAAACCCUUGGGGAAGGCCAUCAGCCUCGGAGUGCCUCCAGAGCCCAUGGCUCCAGGAGACAGGUUUGGACAACAGGCAGCAAGCACUGGUUACCUUCCCCACCACCAAACUGAGGAAUUUCCUCACUGAACGGGAAAAGAAAAGGGGCCUGCUGUGCUCCAAGUAUGGCCUCAUGAUUGCACAGUGA